AUGUUUAUUUGCCCCUCUUGUGAUCUGCCAUACAUUGCACCAGGUAUCAAGUAUAGGCUCAAUGUGGAGAUUGAGGAUGAAACUGGGAAACAUUGGGUCAAUGCUUUCAACGACACUUCCACCGGUCUUUUCCAGCAGUCAGCACUGCAAAUGCAUAGCUGGCAGGAUUCUAAAGAGGAAAACCAGUUCUAUUGGCAGAAGAUCCUCUUGAUUCCUUACAAGAAAUAUGCCAUUGUAAUCCAUGCUGAGUCAGACAAGGUUGGCAAACAGAAGGGACGGCCGAUGUGGAUUGCAUUGAAGUUUAUUGAGAUGUCAACAGUUGCAGUAGUAUAA